CACACUCUAGCGGCCAGUAACAUAAUAUACAAUUCGAUUCGCGUUCUGCUUUCACGUUGAGGAAGAGGGGGCAUAGAGAACCAUCGUUGGAGGAGUGCUGCAUGGGUAAAACAUGGCUGCUGUGAAUUCAUCAGAGAGACGCCAGGGCGACCCCAACGAUGAGCUGGGGGACCCGGGGGGUGUAGCACAGAAAUGCGAAUCAUUUGAGUAUAAAUCGACAGACCCCGAUAACACUUUUGCUGUUGAAGAAGACAGAAUUCCCGAGGGCUCCAAUGAAAAUAGAGAAUCUAGUAUUGUUACCGAUGGGCUUGCUAGCCAGACUGAAAGUAGCAUUGCGCUUCGAGCUAAUGAUAGAUCAGAGAUAGGUAAUGAGUUGGUAGAUUUAACAUAUUCUGAAGAAAAUACCCACAACACCGAUGUUUCCUACAACAAGCAGCGGCAUUUCGAUUGGUCUGAGACGGAGGACGAGGAAGACCGCACGGAUGCAAAAGAGAAUGGAAACGAUGUUCAUAAUGGUGACAUGGGGAGGACUCCUGAGGUGCAGCAGGAUAAGAUUACUGAAGAUAUCUCAUAUGCAGAGGAUGUGGAAAAAGAAAAAUCACAUUCUGACGAGGAGAUGGAUAUAUCAAAAGACACAGGUGAAGAACAAGAUUGUAAUGGAGGAAAGGGGGCAGAGGAGGAAGAAGAAGAAGAAGAAGAAGAAGAGGAGGGAGGAGAAGAGGAGCGAACAGUGAAAAGGAGGAAAUGUAGUCUGGAGUGCAAAGACUGUGGGAAGAGGUUCACCCGUCGGGAGACAUUCAACCUCCAUCGUCACUUCCACGCUCACCAGGAUGAACUGGCCUCACUCACCUGUAAGGAGUGUGGCCUUAACUUCCAUCACCGCAGCAGCCUCAUCAAGCACCGCAGUGAGCACCAACAGAAGGUUGAACAGCCUGUGGAACGGAAGAGGAGAAGGAGCCCACAGGGAGUCCACAAGGAGGAGAGGCCAGGCUUCCAGUGUGACCACUGUGAAGAGACUUUCCCAUCACUGAGCAAACUGAGGCUCCACACCUGCGACUGUGCCCCUGAUAAGGCGUACCGCUGCCCCCUGUGCCGCAAAGAGUUCCGCAUGAAGAUCUCCAUCACCAGCCACAUGCAGACCCACUCCCUGAGCUCCCACCCCUUCCGCUGCCAGGAGUGCCACAAGAGCUUCUCUGACAUAUUUUCCCUGCGUGACCACCAGGGCUCCCAUGCCUCCCUCAAGCCCUACGCGUGCCCCGAGUGUGGCAUGGUGUUCAGGCACCGCUCUGUCAUGGAGGACCACCGUCGUAAGCACACAGAGGACACACAAGGCCCCCACCGGUGCAACAUCUGUGGGAAGCACUUCAAGUAUUCCAGCCUCCUGCAACAGCACCAAUACCUUCACACAGGUCAGAAACCCUUCCGCUGCCCAGACUGUGGCAAAACGUUUGCCUUAGCCCAGAACAUGAAGGCGCACUGCCGCCAGCAUAGACGGCACCCUCACGCCUGCUCUCUUUGCCCCCUCACUUUCCCCGACCAGGGCAGUCUGCAGGCUCACGUGUCAUGCCACGAGACAGUCGGGGGACUAGACAAGGAGAACACAAACCACGGGUUGGAGCCAAAACGUAUAUUCAACUGUCCCCUCUGUCCUCAGAACUUUCCUUCACCAGCUGACCUGAGGGCUCACAUGCUGAUCCAUGAAGCAGAGCAUGAGAGGAUGGAGAACGGGGCGUGUAAAGACUGGAAAACAAACCGUUACACCUGUCCACACUGUCCUGCCACCUACUCUGACCAGUCUAAUAUGAUGGCCCACCUGACAACUCACACGUCUGCCCGGGUCAGGGUAGAGAGGCAGGGUAAUGGACUUGAAGUAGGGAGAUCUGCUCCACUUAACACUGCCAACGUCCCAGGGAGGUGGCAUAGGGAGGAGAUGAGUAGUAAGCCUUUAAAGUGUCCAGACUGUGGCAAGUCGUUCCGUCACCGCUCUGUGUUAACGUUGCACAUGCGUAUUCAUUCCAAGGACAAGCCUUACCAGUGCAGGGUGUGCAACAAGUCCUUCAGAUUCAACAGCUAUCUGCAGCAGCACAUGAUCAUUCACACCGGGGAGAAACCAUACAAGUGCCCAGACUGCAGCAAGGACUUUGCUUUCCUGCAGAACAUGAGAACCCAUCAGAGGCUGCACACACAGAAACCGUUCCGCUGCACAAAGUGCCGUAAGGGAUACAGCGACGAGAAUCAGCUUCAGCGCCAUUUGCUGUCACACAACGGCGAAAAGCCCCACAAGUGCCACCUCUGUGAAAAGAGCUUUGGGCUGGCCUACCUGCUGCGGGACCAUCUGAACACCCACACAGGCGAGAGGCCCCAUCGCUGUCAGGAGUGCCACAAGACAUUCCCCUGGCUCGGCAGCCUGCUGGUGCAUCAGAAAAUCCACGCUCGAAAGCGCCAGGGGUCGAGUCAGCCUUAUUCUUUUCCAAUGGCCAUGAGGAUAAGAGGCAGGGGUAGCAGGGGCCGGAGCGGAGGCAGGCUGGCAUCAGGCUGGCCCAGGUGGGGUGGAAUGGGGCAAUCGGGUAUGGACACGCCCCAACAAACACCUCCAUAUCAAGUCCCAAUGUCAAGGAGUCCUGAGUGGCAGAGGAGGCCGGCCCAGCCACAGCCACCCAUGUUUUCAUCCCAGAUGGAUAUGCAGCAGCCAGGGGAGACGUCUGCGAGAAGGCCUCCACCAGUCCACCAACAGUGGCGGGUGGAAGGUGGAGAACUGAGGCCUGUCCCACUGCCUAACCAGUCUCAACCGUCUCAGGAUCCUGAAAGACAACCAGUGCAUGUUCAACAGCAGCCAUCUCCACAAACACAACCACAGCAGGUACCACAGUCUCCACUGGUACAACAACAAGUACAAUUACAGCUACAGCUACAGCCACAUCUACAUCCGCAGCUGCGCCAACAGCAGGUUCAGCAUCAUCUACAGUCUCCGCUGAUCCAACAGCAAUUACAGUGGCAGCAACCAGGUGUACAGCUCCAGCCCCAGCUAGUACCACAACAGCAGUGGCAGCCUGACAGACAGUUGCUCCAGCAAAAGCUGCCCUGGUUACCAGAUGCUCAGCCCCGGCCCGCCCCACCACAGCAACCCCAGCAGUGGCACUCAGAUGGCCUGCCUCGGCCACCUCCACAGCAGAGGAGUUCAGGCAGGGUAGAGGCACCUACAACAUCACAGCCUGGCCUUAGUGCAUCUCAGAGCCUAGAAACCCCUCCUACAGGAGAAAGUGGAGGGACCAUGCCCUUGGGUAACAAAACACCCCCAGUGGCCAGGCCACAGAACCCCAGCCCAUUAGCUGUGAGUGAGCAGGAGCAACACAGGCAACAGCCGAAGCCCAUGAGCUGGGGUAACACACCCACUACACCACCAGUCCCCACACUGAGCUCUGUUCAGCUUGACUUCCCUGGGUCCCCCAUUUACAUGGAUGGGGCUGCUCUGUGGGGUGGGCUGAGGACCUCUCCAGCAGUGCCACCAUCCCAGAGCACAUCAAACAAACUGGGCCAAGAGCUUAACCUGCCAAGAUGGUCGAGCGUCUCAGUGCCAAUGCACAAAGCUGUUAAUGAAUCAUCCACACCUCCUAGAAAAGAGGACACUAGAGUUUGGGACUUUAAUGCACCUCUGGUAAUGUCCCCAACUGUUAGUUCAUCAGAGAAAUCUGGGAGUGGGCGUGAGCAGCAGAAACAGUGGUCUCCAGCUCUACUCGGUACAUCCUCCUCAGCUCAGAUGAGCCACAGCUCUGUCAUGUCAAUUUCAAGCCCUCCAACUCAUGGGAUUGUAGGUAGUCCCUGGGAUUUCAAAGGAUCCCCCUCAAACAAAUCAGGCCUUAGCCAGGAGUUAGAGCAGCAGCAGCAAAAACAUCUAUCCUCCAGCUGGACCAAUGUACCCACAUCCACCCAGAACGUUCCCAUCUCCAUUCAAUAUGACCCACAACGUUUCACUCAUGGGGUGGGACCCACUGUGUGGGGUUUCCAAACCACUCCAGCUGGCCCGCAGCAGCAGCCAAUGGUAACAGGCACUCAAAUCAUCAUAAAUCAGACCUCUCCUUUCUUCUCUCCUCUCCCUCCGCUCCCUCCUCUUAGUUUGCCUGGCUCACACCCUCUUCACUCUGUAGCAGUCGGCUCUCUACCAAGGCCUCCACACCCAAACAUUUUCUUCACGCCACAGGCGGUCAUGAGUGAGAGGCCACACAUGACACAGACCCUGUCGCUACCUCAGCUCGCCCCACGGCCUGUUCCUCACAAACUGGGCCGUUUGCCUUAUGCCCCAGACCGCCUUCUCCAGUGCAUGAUCUGUGGCUGCUCUCUACCCCGGGAGUUAGACUUGCAAAUGCACUACAUGCAGCAUGCACAGGGAGAGAUUUGACACUGGCAAAGAGUGCAUCUACCACUCUGUUUUUCCAAAUGUUUUUAAUGUACAUUUAUUGUAUAACUAUAGCAAUUUAGCUGUGUUUUGUGUCCAUUUUGGACAUUGUCCAUGUUGUUGAUCUCUCACUCUAUAAGAAAGGGUCAGAUAAUCUCAAAAAGUGUAGUUUGUUAACUUGAUCAAGCACGGUUGUCAGUUUUCUGUGUUCACAUCUUUGCCUUGAACUGCAAAGAACUUAGAAAUAUGACUGUGUAAUGGAUUUCUUGGCCAGUACCAUCAUAUUUACUGUGUUGUAAACAUACCAAGGAUUUACACUCCGUGGCCAGUUUAUUAGGUACACCACCCUGUUCACAAAAAUAUUUCGCUCCUGUAGACAGUGAGCCACGUGGCCUUGGCUUGCUAUAUAAAGCGAGGCACCGAAGCAUUCAGUUACUAUUCGAUUGAAUGUUGGAAUGGGCGAAACAAGACCUAAGCAACGUUGAGCGUAUUAUGAUCGUUGGUGCCAGGUGCGCCGGUUACAGUAUCUCAGACCUCCUGGGUUUUUCACACACGACAGUGUCUUGGGUUUACUGAGAAUGUUUUUGUUUUUCGCCCCAGUCAGUGGUACUAGAUGGGUGAACCUUAAACUGGCCACUGAGUGUAUGUCAACUUAUGGAUUUUUGUUAGUUUUUCUUUCUGUGUACACUGCUGUCUUUGUUACACCAUUUUCAAGUUUAUUCCUCAAACAAGUGGAUUUCACCUGUGUUGCACUGUAUAUUUGUGCCUUUAUUGUUUCAAAACACUGCAUGUUCUUUCUGCUCUCUCUUAAUGUUGUAGUGGGUGUUAUUCAAAUUGUCAGGUCUCUGAAUAAUGAGUCAUUUGUUUGAGUAAUUUCUUAUUCUGUCUUCAUUUGGGUGAAUGUUUAUCUUGUUUUGGUGCUAGAGUUAUGAAAUUAGGGUUAUUGGGAGGAGCACACAUUUUAUGCAAAUGGUGUGGCAUGGGUUAGUAUACAAAUUAAUUUAUUGCAUUAAAGUUAAUAACUAAUAACUAACUUUACCUGUUGGGUUUGUGAUAUUGUAUCAACAACAUGACAAUGUUGCCAGAAGAUACGCUUGUUUACACUGAGCUGCACGGGGGUCGGAAAGCAAUCAUGGUUACAUUAAUUUACUGUGGAGCAGACACGAGAUACGGGUCGGAAAACGUACCUCAAUCCAAGGAUGGGAUAUGCCACUGAAUGCCAAAUGUUACCUUUAUCCAGAUUUUACAUAUCUUGCGCCGGCUCCACGGUGUCUCAAUGUAACCAUGUUUUCGUUCAGACACCAGUACAGCUCAGUGUAAAUCAACGUAAUGGUAGGGUCGUUAUCUUCUGGCAAAACAUAAUGUAACAUAUUUGACGUUUUACUACAUCUGUGCAUUAGCAGUAGUUUUAAAUAUGUAAAUACCUGGUAAUAAAAAAUCAUUGGGAAAGAAU